AUGUAUUUGAACUUUAAACACGACACCGAUAUCACUAUAUCUAUUGCCACCAUCAGACUGGCACGAUUUGUAGAUUGUGGCUGUAUACGACGAAGCUAUACCAAAGACUUUACGGAAGAUAACACCAACGAGCAGCACAAGCUUUCGGUCGAACUCUUUCCUCCCUGGGACCACUGGGAUUCCGAAUCACCACAGGCCUCCUUGUCACCAAGCUCUAGGCCGCAAGGAUACGCCGCUAAUGUCAGAGGGGCACAUUCACUCGCACUUAAUAGAAACCCAUCGAUCCCAAAUGAAGAAACACUUUCAAAGGUAAACAAGAGGAAAUACGAGAAUACUACCGAUGAGGAAGUAGACGGUAUACAGAAGAAGCAGGAGCGCGACAACGAUUCACCUACUACGCUAGCUACACCUGCUGUGCCAGCAACACCUGCUACGCCCAUACUCGAAACAAUACCAACAGGCGACUGUCGGACUUCAUGGGUGUACCCGACUUUAGCAAAGCCGUGGAGGCACAAGCAUUCCCAAGACCGAGCCUCUGAAUCAGUCUCAACCGAACGGUUCACGAUACGUGAGCACGAAACGCCUACGCGUACAUGA